AUGCGCUGCUCCAGCACCAAGACGGACGGGGCUGCCACCUGUCUCCCUGUGGGCUGCCUCCCGGUGCCUGGGGUGGGCGGGUGGGGGUCUCACGGCCCCGGGGUGCGAGGUGCGCGGGUGAAAACUGAUGCCCGGGUCCAGGGGGCUCCUCCCGGUGCCCGCAGGGUCCCGGUGCUGCGGGACCGCCCGGUACCGACAGAGGGCGCCGCGGGCGGGGUCGCCCCCGCCUCCCCCGGGGCGGAUGAAGGCGGCGGGACCGGCAUCGGGACCGGGAGCGGGCGGGAUGCUCCCGGGAGCCCUCCACCUGCUCUGCUGCGCCGCUGCCCUGCUCGCUGCUGCAGUGGCUCUAAGCAGCUCAGGGACAGCCGUGUCACCGAGUCCGUCCAGGACACUGGGAUCAGCAGCACCUCCUGUGUCUCCAUCCAAUACCACCAUGGCACCGAGUCCAUCCAGGACACUGGGAUCAACACCACUUCCAGUAUCUCCAUCCAACACCACCACACCGACUCCAUCCAGGACACUGGAAUCAACACCACUUCCAGCAUCUCCAUCCAACAUCACCAUGAAACCAUCUUCAUCCAGGACAACGGGAUCAACACUGCUUCCAGCAUCUCCAUCCAACACCACCACACCAAGUCCAUCCAAGACAUUGGGAUCAACAGCACCUCCAACAUCUCCAUCCAACACCACCACACCGACUCCAUCCAGGACACUGGGAUCAACAGCACCUCCAGCAUCUCCAUCCAACACCACCACACCGACUCCAUCCAGGACACUGGGAUCAGCAGCACCUCCAGCAUCUCCAUCCAACACCACCACGGCACUGAUUCCAUCCAAGACAUCGGGAUCAGCAGCACCUCCAGUAUCUCCAUCCAACACCACCAUGGAACCACCUUCAGCCAGGACACUGGGACCAGCAGCACCUCCAUCCAACACGUCCACGGCACCGACUCCAUCCCACCCAAGUGUGCCCAGAUCCACGGGGCAUCCAUCCAACUCGACAGCAGUGCCAGCCCCAUCCUCACCCAGGCCCUCUGGGCCCGCUCCUGCUCCCAACUCCACCACACCCACUGUGAGCCCUGGGCCCAACAGCACCUUGGCCACCAGCUCCAGAACGACACCGGCCACCGGCAUCGCGGCCAACAGCUCAGAGCAGCAGCUGAGCUCUGGCGUGGUCGUCAUCAUCUGCCUCUUCGUCUGUGUGCUGGUGGGGGGCACAGCGGUGCUGCUGGUGCGGCUGUGCCGGCGCAGGACCCCCCGUGGGACCCCCCCCUUCCACCACCUGGACGAGGUGCCCAUGAGCAAGGUGAUGGAGGAGUCCCCUGUCACCCACCCCACACCCAGGUGACCCCCCCACACACACACCGCGGCCCCCCCGGGGCUCCCCGCGCUGCUGAAUAAAGAAGCCGCUGCUCA